GUAUUUUUUUACGAAUUUCGUAAUAUUUAUAUUAUAGCAGAUAUAAUAGUAAAAUUAAUUAAAAGAAUUUUUGCGCUUAUACAUAUGAUUACACUGAUUUCACCGCUUCCAAUCAGAGCACUAUUUUGUUAUCGGGCCGUGAUCUAUCGCUUUUCAUAUAGUCUGUGUUAUCACUAUAUGAUACCCUUAGAAGAAAUAUUUCGGCGAUUAUUGUUCACCGAAUAUUAAAACUGAUUUCAGUAAAUUAGUUACCUUUUAAAAUAUUUAUAUUUUUGAUGACUGUGCUUUUAAUUAGUAAAAAUGAUAUGAGAACAUUUUUAAUUUCUUGGAAAUUUUAAGUGAUGAAUAAUUCAUCUAAUAAAAAUAAGAUGUCUAAGCUUCUAAAAUUAGCUCAUAAGUUCAAUAGUUUUUAUUUAAACAUCCUCAAACGGAAAGAAUGUUGUGCAUUCAUUGUGGAUGGUGUUCAAGUGGGUUUGAUUCAAACAGCAGUAAUUUCAAAGCUGAGCCAAUAUCCAAAUGUAUUUAUUGUAGAAUGCAACAGUGUGACGUUGAAUCCAGCAUUAAGAAAUUAUGAAGAAAGAUCUAUUCAUGUCGAAAAUGUACUUCGUGAUAUGAAAGAGAAACAAUUAUUUAUAACGCUUAAAGGAUGGCGAAAUGAAUGCUAUGAUGUGCGGCCAAUGUUUUCUGACAAGCCUUUACUAAAAAUGGAUCGAUCUGCUACUUGUUUAUUUGGUAUUUGCAAUUAUGGAGUACAUAUAAAUGGUUUUGUUAAUCAUCCUACUGUAGGAUUAUGUAUUUGGCUUCAACAAAGAUCAUUAACAAAACAGACGUGGCCUGGAAAGUGGGACAAUAUGGUUGCGGGGGGAUUGUCUGUAGGAAACAGUGUUAUAAAAACAGCUCACAAAGAAGGAGAAGAAGAAGCAUCACUUACUCCUAAUCUUUUAAAAAAUUUGAAGUCUGCUGGAACUGUGUCAUUUUUUUAUGAAAGUGAUAGAGGGUUAUUUCCUGAUACUGAGUUUGUAUUUGAUUUAGAAUUACCAACAGAUUUCGUUCCUCAUAAUCAAGAUAAUGAAGUAGAAAAAUUUGAGCUAUUGACUGCUAAUGAGACUGUAAAUAGAAUUUUAUCCUCAGAUUUUAAAACUACUAGUUGUCCUGUUACUGUAGACUUUUUGAUUAGACAUGCUGUUAUUACUCCGGAAAAUGAACCACGUUUUCCUGAACUUGUUGAACUAUUGCAUGUUCCACUCCAGUCAUUAUAUUCUAACUAAGACGUAAAAUUGAAUAAAAGCAGUGACAUAAAUAGAAGAAUGCAAAGAAUGCAGCUGCAUUAGAACUUUUUUGACUUUCCAGGAUACUGAUAUUAUUUUUUUUACAUUAUAACUGAUUUGAAAAGGGAUAUGUUUUUUUUUUUUUGACAAUUUUGUAUACUUCUACCAUAGAUUGUUA